AUGUCAAUAACUCAUGAGUAAUUGAGGAAGUAUUCCUAUAAUCGAUGGAAGAAUUCUUCACAACCUAUAUAGGAAAUAACUUAAAAAAGAAAAUAAAGUGAUCCAGAAAUAGCACAGCUACAUAAUGAGAUACCUGUGUAAUUUGAAAAAUCAAAUACAUAAAUUCAUUUAUCUUUAGAAUAACCUAUUGAAGAUCAAAUGAUUGCCUCUGAUUUAAUAUAAAUUACUAAUCAAUUUGAUCCAAAUCAAGCAAUUUCAAAAACGUCAAAUUUAAAUAAAUCUGAAAAAAAUAAAAUAUUUCAACCACUUCUAAAUAAUAAUCCUUUUCAUUAGUCCAUUAAAAUUUCAAAUUAAAAGGGAAACAAUUUUACUAUUCAAGAACAAUUUAACAUAAGAAUUGAUCCUAAAUUAUAAACUAAGAUAAAUAAAUCUAUUUAAAAAAAUGAAGACUCUAUUAAGUAAACAAAUCAAUAAGUUCUUCCAAAUUAACAUCUUUUUCUUUAAACCAAUUAAAUUUCCCAAUAUAUUGAAAUAUCUCAAUAAGUUGAUGAAUAAAAUGAAUUCAAAGAAGAAGCUUAAAAAUUUCAAUUUUAAGAAUUAUUAGAAAGUAAUAAGCAAAUGUAAAUCUAAUCUGAAUUUUUAUCAUCUAAACCUAAAAAUGAAGAUUAAGAAUAACAAUUUCCAUAAAUUGUAUAAAUGGAUAUUGAUUUUAAUAAAGAUGAAUAUCUAAAGAUAAUUUAUGAUUAUAUAGAAUUUAUUAAAAUGACAGAAUAUACCGAUGUUUAAUUAAUUGAAAAUGAAAUAUUAAAGUAAUAACAUAUAACCUCAUAAAAAUAAUUUAUGCUCAGAAUUGAACCUCUUAUUAUCAAUAUGCUAUUUGAAGAAAUACCAAAUAAUCCUUUUUAAAAACAAUCAGAUUUACAAAAUUAAUCUAUAGAUUAUGCAGAUUUUUAUGAUAAACUUAAGAGUUAUAGAACCUAGUUAGAAUAAGAUUUGUAUGUACCAAAUUUAAGUUAAUUUAUGCAUUUCUAAUUAUCCUAGUAAACUCUUAAUUUUUUACAAUUAAAAAGAUAAUAAAUUAAAUGGACUCCUUCACUUUUUAAAUCAUUGUAAAGAAGUAGGAAUGUUUUAAUUACUAUUUUUUAAAUUUAUAAUCAAAUUAAACAAUCUGAUAUUUUAUUAUUUGAUGCUGAUAUUGAUGCUUUUAAAAUUUAAUUAAAGUAAAUAGAUUUUAAUGAAAUUAACAUUUUUUAAAAUCUAUUCAGAAAAUAUUAAACUAAAACACUUAAAAGAUUAAACGAUUUAAAAUAAAUCAAUUAGAAAAUAUAGAAAAAUAAAUCCAUAAUGAUUUUAUCAUAAACAGAACAUUAAAAUAUGAAUUAAUUAUUUUAAACCUAACUGGAAGAGUUUAGAUAUUAAUUAAAAGAAAACUAAAACGAAUCACCUAUAGAGUUUAGAUAAGCUAUGAGUCUAAUAAAAUAAUUCAACAAGUAUGCCAUAAUUAAAUUUUAGUAUUUAAUCAUUGUAUAUCCAGAUAAAAUAGUUAGAAAAGAACUUUGAGAAAGAUAAUAAAUAUUAUGUUCCAAUUGAAUUUCAAUCAGAAAAAGAAAUGAUGAAAAUCUUUGAUUUAAUGUACAUUAAUCUAAAACAUGAAAUCUUGAAAACAAAAAAAUUAAUAACAUUACCUAUAGGAAAAUUUAGUUGGGAACACCAAAUUUAAGAAGAAGAAGAAGCUUUAAAAACUAUAAAAAAUAGAUUUUGCCUUCUAAAACAAUUUUAUGAAUAAUCCAUAUAAAAAUAUAAAACUGAAUAUUAAUUUAUUAGAUAAUUAAAAAAAGGGUAAAUUACAAUCAGUGAAAAUAUUAACUCAUUAGAAUAAUACCUAUAUUUUAAAUAAAAUAUUUACAAUAAGAGUAUAAGUAUGUUCUCAUAUCCAAAAAUACACUUUUAACAAAUUGCGAUUUCAACUUUGAUUUAUCGUGAUCUCUUUGUAUAAACAAAUAAUAAAAUUGUUGCUAUUCAAUAACUUAAUAAAUAUUAAUUUAUUGAAGAAUUAUAAUUAAUUUUAUCAGAUCAAAAUUAUCCUGAUGUCAAAUAAAGAUUAAUGGAAAUGAAAAAUAAGCUCAAUUAUUUAAAAUUUUCUAAAUUAAUUCAAGAUGAGAUUGAAUUAUUACUUUCUUAUAUUAAUAAGGCUUUAUGUUAUUUCCCUUAUGAUUUAAUGAAUAUCUUUAUUAAAACAAAAACUUAUGAAGAAAUUGAAUUAGAAUUAGGAGAUAUUGAAUAAUUUGAAGCUUUAGAAAAUUCAAAUAUGUAAACUCAAUCUUAAGAACUAUUUGAAAUAUUUAAAACAUUUUUUGAAUCUAAAAUAUAGCAUUAAUUUGAUGAAAUAUUUAUUCAAUUAUAUGAAAUGAGUAAGGAUCAACAUAGUGAUUGGAAUCCAAUAAAAUUAGGAAAAAGAAUAGAUUUAUUAUAUGAAUAUAAGAGACAAGAUUUAGAAGAUAAUCCAUAUAUCAAAAAAGAAUUGAUAGAUUAAAUUAUUGAUUAUCCUGAUUUACGAUAUCUAUUUUAGGAAGGAAGACUGCUUUUUAUUUAAUUAAGAGAAUUAAUUGAAGAAGAGAAAGAAUUUGAAAAAAAUAAUUAAAAAAUUUUAACUUUGAUUUAAGAUUUUGAAGCACCAGAAGGUUUAGAUUUUGCUUUGAUAGAUCUGAAGCCUUUAUUAAAUUUUCAUAAAAAUCUGAAAAAAAUAGAUAAAUAUAUGCAAUUAAAAAAUGAAAUUAUUAAUUUAGGAUUAAUAUUACAAUAAGAAUAUAGCUAUUACUUAUUAUCUUGUCAAAAUAAAAUAAAAAAGUUAUUUGAUUGUUUUGAAUUGAAAAUAAAUUCUUUAGAUAAACAGAUUCUUGAUAAUAUUCUAUUUAAACCUAUAAACUAAAAUGUUAAAAUUCCUAUAUAUGAAUUACAUACAUACUUUAAUUUUUGUUAUACAGAUUUUUAAUCUAUCAAAAUUUAAAGGUUUGCAAAUAAUAAAUAAAGAAACAUUAUACUAUUUACAAAUAAGCCAAAUGAAAAUUAUGAUGAAGAUAUUGAUAUAGUAUUACAGGUAUUUUAUAAUAAAUCUAAGGUUCACAAUAUUGGAAUCUAUGUUGAUCAAUAACUAAGUUUUUAAUGUGAAUGA